AUGGCGCAGAUCAAAAUAGACAAGGAAUUAAUGGCGAAAGAGUCAACAAAGGAAUAUGAGAAAGCACAGAACAUGUGGAGAGAAUUCUGUUCUUACAAGGGAAAAGAUCCUAUAGCAAGCGUCUAUGAUCUGGAGCCGCUGAAGGACUUUGUACAUCACCUAGCUUACGGGAUUGAGGGAAGAUACGACGACGAAGCAGCAGGGCAAGGUUCUGUGAAGGUGUUCCUUCGUGAAACAGUAUUCCCGACACGUGGAAAUAAGCGGGUUAAACGGAGGCGGAAGCAUGCAAGGAAGAAUCACUUCAUCCACCUCGGUCGGCAGCUCUGGGAAAAUGACUACCAUGAAUACACCAAAACGAUCAUAAGAGUCAGCCUAUGGGCGCAGAUGCUAGUCUACGUCUUCUCGUCUGCGAGGCUGUGUGAGUACCUCGAGGGUGUCUCUCGUGCAAACUCUCGCAGGGGGUUGUAUUGCAAGAUUAGUCGAUAUCAAAUUAGGGUCAUUCGAAAUGAGCUCAGCGAGUCUGAACUUGUGUUUCAGGUAGUGAAGGACGCGAAGGGUAUGACAAAUGCGCCUGAGAAACGACCCGAACAUGAACUUUAUGAAGGAUUAUCGACAAGUUCACAGUAUCUUCUAUUAAACCCGAUGCUACCGAUCCUCGCGAUGUUGGUUGCGAGUGAUAGGCUGCGAGACUAUUGUACGUCGAAAGCUGUUUUGGCAAUCUCCGCUCCUCCACCGGACGAGGUUCACGUCCUCGAAUGGAAAGAUCCAGAUUGCCCGCUCUUUGAAGGCCUAGACGACCCAUCGCCAAUUCUAUGCACCAAAUAA